GGACAGACCAAAAGGGGCAAACAAAUUAAAAAAUAAAAAUAAAGAAGCACAGAGAACAGAAAGAGAGAGAAUUGGCAAGCCUGAAUGUUCCUUCAGUUUUAACUUCACCUCGUGAUGAUGCCAUGCAACUUUAUAAAGCUUUUAAGGGAUUUGGAUGUGAUAAAGCAGCAGUCAUUAACAUCCUUGCCCAUCGUGAUGCAACUCAGCGUGCUCUUAUUCAACAGGAAUACAGUAACUAUGUACUCUGAAGAGCUAAACAAACGCUUAUCCAAAGAGCUUAGCGGUGAUCUUGAGAAAGCAGUCUUGCUAUGGAUGUAUGACCCGGCAGCAAGGGAUGCUACAAUAGUAAGGAAGGAUUUGAGUGGUGACCGUGUUGAUCCACGAGCUGGCACUGAAGUGAUAUGUUUGCGGACUCCUUCUCAAAUACAACAUUUCAAACAAAUUUACCAUUCCAUGUUUGGUGUCUACCUUGAACAUGAUAUUGAGUUUGUGGCAUUUGAAGAUCACAAAAAGUUGCUUCUAGCAUAUGUAACCACAAUGCGCUAUGAAGGGCCAGAAGUUGACAGAGUCGCGGUGGAACAGGAUGCUAAAGCCCUUUUCAAAGCUGGGGAGAAGAAAUUGGGAACUGAUGAGAAGACUUUUAUGCGGAUUUUUUCUGAAAGAAGCAGGGCGCAUUUGGUUGCUGUUAGCGCUGCGUAUCACAGCAUGUAUGGUAACUCAUUGAAAAAGGCUGUUAAAAGUGAAACCUCUGGACUCUUUGAGUUUGCCCUCUUGACUAUUUUGCAAUGUGCUGAGAAUCCAACAAAAUACUUCGCGAAGGAAUUGCACAAGGCGAUGAAGGGCUUGGGGACGAACGAUACAACUCUCAUUAGGAUAAUAGUCACGCGAACUGAGAUCGAUAUGCAGUAUAUAAAAGCGGAGUACCAGAAAAAGUAUAAGAAAUCUCUGAAUGAUGCAGUGCAUGCGGAGACUUCUGGUGAUUAUCGGACCUUUCUUCUAUCUCUUCUGGGGACAGCUCACUAAUGAAAAGUCAGCACCAUAAAACAGGUGUUUUUAAGUAUGUCAUCAGUGUUGAAGCCCAUGUAUAAAGCAAGAAGUUUAAAUGAUAGUAUGCCAUAAAACAAGUAUGAAUUUACCCUAUGUUAAUUAAUAUUCUAUUGUUGAGUUUGGUUUGAUUCUGAACAGUGCCUUUAAAUGAACAUAUGUUCAUUAGUAUUCAA